AUGAACAAUAAAGAGACAGUAAAGCGGCAAAUAAAUCGCUGGAAGCAUCAAAUCGAACGAUCCACAGAAGGGGAGUCCAAAGAGUCAAAAGAGUCAAAAGAGUCAAAAGAGUCAAAAGAGUCAAAAGAGUCAAAAGAGUCAAAAGAGUCAAAAGAGUCAAAAGAGUCAAAAGAGUCAAAAGAGUCCAAAGAGUCAAAAGAGUCAAAA